CAAUGGCAUUCAGUUUGUGUGUGCUUUUCCUGCAGCUCAAAUCGAAACUUGACAAUGAAACUGUUGUUCUUGGUGCUGUUCGUUUGCCUGCUGGGACUUGCUUUGAGCCAUGAGUUGGUCUACGGUUAUUAUGCGGGCCAUGGACUGAGCUAUGCUCACACUGUCGUGCCUUUGGCCUACACUCGUCUUCUGGCACCCGCCACUCAAUCGCAUCUGUAUCACAGCGUCGAAACUCCGAACUCCUUUCAGCAGCAAUAUCGCAGCGAUUAUCAUCAGCCCAUGACCUACGAAUAUGUCUUCUGAGUGAAGCAGCUUUUUCCCAAUGUAAUCUGAAUAAA